CUGCUCCUUCAAUAUCCCUCUUCUUCCUUCCCACCAGAUGGGUGACCUUGAGCUUUGUAAGCUCGAUGAACUCGACUGCCUUAUUAAAGGAGUGUUGUACAUCGACUCCGUGGGAUUCAAUGGACACUCAGAGUGUUACUAUUUUGAGAACCCAACGGAUGCUGAGAGGUGCCAGAAGCUCCCGUUCAACCUGGAGAAUCCCUACCCUCUCCUCCUGGUGAACAUUGGCUCAGGGGUCAGCAUUCUGGCCGUCUACUCCAAAGAAAACUAUAAACGGGUAACGGGCACCAGCCUUGGAGGGGGAACGUUUUUUGGUCUGUGCUGCCUCCUCACGGGAUGCUCCACCUUCGAGGAGGCCCUGGAAAUGGCAUCCCAGGGGGACAGCACCAAAGUGGACAAACUGGUGCGGGACAUCUACGGGGGAGACUACGAGCGGUUCGGGCUGCCAGGCUGGGCUGUGGCAUCCAGCUUUGGAAACAUGAUGAGCAAGGAGAAGAGGGAUUCUGUCAGCAAGGAGGACCUGGCCAGGGCCACCCUGAUCACCAUCACCAACAACAUCGGCUCCAUAGCGCGGAUGUGUGCGCUCAAUGAGAACAUCAACCGCGUGGUGUUCGUGGGCAACUUCCUUCGGAUCAACACCAUCUCCAUGAGGCUCCUGGCGUAUGCCCUGGACUACUGGUCGAAGGGACAGUUAAAAGCACUUUUCUUGGAACAUGAGGGUUACUUCGGCGCCGUCGGUGCUCUCCUGGAACUCCUGGACUCCGCCUGACCCCCUCCUGCACACUCUGUGUUGGACCUACAGAUUUGGGGCACUCCCUGGGCCACUGGUUUGGAGGUCACUGAGCCCACGUUUCACCUGCUCAGCCUGUUCCCUGGGGUGCCCUGUGGGGCCAGCCC